AUGUCCGUUGCUGUCCCGCGCCCUCUUGCCAUGCCGACUCCGAAGCCGGCCCCCGCCUCCUCCUCCUCAUCUUCGGCACCGAAGCAGGCGAUUCCCCGCGUAGCUGCACCGCGGAUUGCGGCUCCGCUGCCGGGAAAGGAUCUGUCUUCCUCGACAGGGAAGAUCUUUGCCAAGCCAUCCAAGGAGUGGGUGCUGCCCGAGCGCGCAAAGCCGGGGCGCAAGGCGGCGACAGACGAGCCAGACAACAAGCGUCAGAGCCAGAACCGCCUCUCGCAGCGUGCGCACCGCGCCCGCCGGACCGACUACAUUGCCACCCUCGAGCAGCGCCUGAGGCAGUAUGAGCAGGACGAGAUCCACUCCAACGUGCGCCUGCAGGAGGUUGCGCGUGCUCUGAAGCAGGACAACGAAAAGCUGAAGGCCGAGGUUGGACGCCUGAACGCUGCCGUGGGGUCGCUGCGUACCGAGCGCGAUGCAUGGAACGCGGAGCGCCGCGCACUCAACGACACGAUCAAGCAGCUCCGGGGCGGGCGCAUCAGUACCUCGCCAACGACACCAUACGCGCCUACGCCGCGGAGCAUCGGCAUCGCGACGCCAACAACGCAGCCUGCCCGCGCAACAGUGGCGUGUCCCAUCUGCCCCGACCCAGACCCAGACUGUCCCUGCCAACAGCCCGCUCAGCCGCUACAGUCGCAGGACCCGACCCUCGCCCCGCUUCCCCCGAUCACGGCGUCGAGCCCCUCGACAACAGCGCGCAACACAUGGAACGUCUCCCCCUCCAACUGCGGCUUCUGCGACCUCGCCCCCGAAGCGUGUCUCUGCCGCGACAUCAAGCCCGUCAUCUCCCGCUCUCCGAGCCCAAUAGGCGACUGCGGCCUGUGCACGAACGACAGCUUCUGUGCAUGCCGUGCUGGCGCAGCGGCCGCCGCGUCUUCGCCAGCGACAAAGGCGAUCCCGCUCAAGUCGCUCAUCGCGGCGGCUCUUCCGGCGGGACCAUCGAUGGGCAUCGCCUCGUCGUCCACCGCCUCCAUCACGGCUAACACUGUCACCGCCGCCGCGCCUCCCGGGCCAAGUAUCCAGAUCGCCUCGGCCGCCGUCCCGCUCAAGCGCAAGGCGAAGGCAGACCGGAUCCAGAGCGUCUGGACGCUCUCCAACGUCAAGGCACGCACGGCACGCACCGAGGCAGUAUGCACAGGCGACCCGAGCAACUGCGACGCGUGCCGGAACGACACGUUUGGCCGCGAAUUCUGCGGACACCUCUUCAACCGCCCCCACGAGUGUAAUGGGGGCUGUGCGUCGUCCUCCUCCUCUGGCUCGGGAGGAGUGGUGGAGGACGGCGGGGUGGUCAAGACGUCCUGCUGCGGGGCGCCAGAGCUCUGCGGGCAGCACAGUGAUUGCUCCCCGUCGUCGACUUCCAACACUGCUCCCACGCCUUCCACGGGCUCCGGCUUGGGCUCUGGCUCUGGGUCUGCUUCAGCCCCCACUCCCAAUGCCGAAUACGCAGAACUCAGCGAGGAGGAACGCGUCAUGCGUCCCGACCUGGCCUGGCGGACAUUGAAAGCACACCCGAAUGCAAAGUUUGCGCCGCUCGCCAUGCUCGCCGACGUGGUUGCGCGCCGGCACAAAGUGCGCGGUCCGCGCGUCGAGCUGUCGCCCUCCCCCCCGCCGCCGACCAUGCGCGAGAUCCAGACGAGUGCAGUGAAGGAUGCGCUGAGGUGGCUGGAUGGGCAGAAGAGGGGAGCGGAGCGCGUCGAGGAGGGGGCGGAGGGGGCGGAGGAGAGGGACGGGAAGAGGCGGAGGUUGUGGCGGUAG